AUGGUUUCAAGAAAUUAUAGGCCAAGUAUGGAAAAGUCUAGUAUUGAUUUGAAUCGUGAAACAUCAUCUGCAUCUAUCUCUGAAACCCAACUUGAACAUGGUGUUGAAGGGUUGGAAAAUGUAGUUCUACACAAUGAAGAUGAAUCAAGGCAUAAGGAAUACUACAACACCAACCAAAAAGGUGAGCAAGCAAGAACUGGAAGGCAAUGCAAAGACCAUUGGAACAAGAUGAAUGAAAAGGUGGUGUGUUUCAAGGGGUGUUAUAAACGAGUACAACAAGCACAUCACAGUGGUUGGUGUGAUGAGAAAAUUCUUGAGAAUGCAUAUCAAUUGUACAAAUUUGAAAAUAGCAACUCAAACUUUCUGCUUGUAGAUUGUUGGAGAUUGCUAAAGGAUGAGUCGAAAUGGAAAACAAUGUACCAACCAAAAGGUGGUAAGAGAACAAAGGUGCAUGAAUCAGGGGCAUUUACUUCAUCUUCCAAUGUAGACAUCAAUGAUGAUGAAGUACGUGAAGUGCACCCUACUGGCCAAAAGGUAGCAAAGAGAAAAGGGAAGGAAAAAAAAAAGACACACACACUAGAUUUAUAA